AUUGCGCCGCCCCGAAGGGGAGGAGCGGCAAGUGUGGGGCUGGAGCAUCGCUGCUCAGCACAGCACCACACCACAGUGAAGGGCACUGAUUGCUCCGUCUCAUCCAAUUCAUUCAACCGCAGUUCGGAAAUCUUUCGGGCACUCGGCGGAAUCCAAACCACGUUUCAGACGUCAUCCAUCCUCUUAUGAUUGUCAUCCUUCGACACUGCCGUAAAUAGAUCUGGAUGGAUGUUGGGAAAAGACAAUCGGGUGUUGUCUGAAGUGUCCUUAACCGUGGAAAAUUUGCUGUCUUUGCAGUGAAAAAAUUGUUGGUACUUCCAAGAUGCUUAUGUGAAUAAUAUUUACGUGAUUGAGGAAAACUGGAACUACUUUGAAUAUUUCAGUCUGUCAUACAAAUAUAAGUGUUCAGAAAUGCCACGUUCAAAAGGUGAAGCAGAUUAUUCAUCUGAAAUAUCAUCAGAGAUUUCAUAUCUUGAUGAAUUGACCAUCUCGCAUAGGAGACAUCUUGGUGAAAAUGAUGGCUACCCUGAUGCUAUUUACAUGAUUUCGGCUAGCAUAUUUCAGAACAUACAUAAUGAGAAACCUCUUUCUAGGAGGCUUGUACACUAUAACAAUGAUCUCAAGCCAUCUAUUCCACAAAUGAAAGAUGACAAACUGCAACGUUCCGUGUACGACCUGGCCUUCAGUGCUCUGAAGUAUCAAGAAAUCUUAGAAGAAAUAUUGAUAAACAGUUCUUUUUAUCCAUCUGAAUCAGUUUCUGUUGAUUCAACGAGUCUGGUGCUUGUUAUGCUGUAUGAUUACCAAAAUCGUAAAUUCCUGCCGCGAAACAUCUCUGACAUAGAGGCUGUAAUACCUGAAGUUAGAGAAGUAGAGAAGUGCCUUUGGAAUUGUAAAACAAAACUUGCCGCUGCACUUGCUCGGUGUCGAAUUAAAAAUGAUGCCGUAUCCCUUCACUUAAUUCUUCCUGAAUCUGUGAGAAAUCAAGAAAAAAGAGCUUGUUCUUUGCCACUAUAUGCCUGGGUAAAUGUAUUAAAGACCAGCGUUGAAGAUGUUACUAGUUUAUUGGAGAGCAAAGGCUUUACAAAGGUGAAAUGUGCUGGUGAACUUGAGGGUCUGUCAUUUUGCGAGGAUCGACAUUGUCAAGAUGUGUUACUUUUUCCAACUCAGCUAACAUCUAAGCUUAAUGACAUGGAACUUGUUACAAGUCACAAGAUGAUCAUCCAGGAUAAAGGUCGAAGUCUCGCCCCACAUUCUGUAAAGGUCUUAAUGAACAUGGAUGACGAUAUUGUUAUUACAAAUGCAGGCUCACGGCUCACUAUUGCCCACAUGUCUACUCUAAUUAAUCAGAACUUGUCAAAACUCUAUGUUUGUGGGGUGAAGUCAGAAAUAGAACAAAAUGACCUAAGGAACCUGUUUGAAAAAAUGGGCUGUAAAAACAUAAAGCUGAUACCCCAGAGAUUCACUGACAUUGAACCUAUAGAUCCACGUUUACAAAAGGUUAAAGUUAUUCUGCUUGUGCCUCAGUGUUCAGCAUCGGGCGUCAGCAAUCCAGUGGAAUUUAUCUUAAAUGAACGUGGAGAUACAACUCUACUACAAGAACUUUCUCAGGGAAAAGUAUCUGAACAGAAACUCAAAUCACUGUCUCAAAAACAAGCUGCGGAACUGAUGCAUGCUGUUAGAUUUCCCAAGGUCCAGGCCAUUGUGUAUUCUACAUGCUCAAUUUACCCUGAGGAAAAUGAAGAAGUAGUGAAACCAGUAUUGGGUAGAAAACUAGAAGGAAGCAAAGUGCAGCCAUACAGGCUGAGUGCUCCUGUUAUCCCGUUGUGUUGUCCAGCAGAAAUAACUUGUGCUUCAGAUAAAUUCCUGAAGAUUGAACCAUCAGAACAAGUCAAUGGCUGUUUUAUUGCUGUCUUAACUCGAGAGCGAGACCCAUCAGGUGCAGUGUCUGUAAAGGAUGUUUUGGCUCGAGCAGCAGCAAAGGGAUUACUGGAUGGAGUUGAAACAGUCAAAACUCGAAAAAAGCAAGAAAAGCAAAAGAAAAGCAAAAUCUCCACACCAAAACUUGGGUCUUUCAGUGGAACCCAGUCAAAGAUCACUGAAUUCUUAAAUGAACAGAAACCUGUUACAUUGAAUACAAAUUCCCCAGGGAUCCAGACAUUAACCGGAACUACGGCCAGUAGAACUGGAUCGAAUACCAAGUUACCCCAGAGAAUAUCCAUUCCUGCAUUACCUAAUAAAGUAAAAAGAAAUAUUAGUAAUGUAUCUUCAAUAGGAAAGUUAUCAAGUAGAAAAUCGAGCACAUCUGGAUCAAAACAAGAGUUGAAGUUGGUGUUAAAGCCUAUUGAGAUGUUGCUUCCUCCAGUCACCAUACGAUAUCUCAGUACACCGCAGGUCCCAAGUAAUGGUUACAAUCAGCCUUAUCUCUUCCAAUACCAUGGACUAUCUAGUCAUCCACCAUUUCCCUAUUCACGCAACACAUUUGUAACUUCACUUGGUAUGAAAAAGCAACGAGAUCAAGGUAUGUUCAUCCCUCGCAGGCAGCCACGCCCUUGGCUCUAAGGUAAAAGAUGAACUGUAGGUAAAAUUUGAUUUGCAUCUUUAAUGCAUACUGGUUUGGAUGUAUAAUAUACAUGAUUUUAACAUGUUAUGUUGGUGAAACAUAUUUAAACAUUGUACUGACUUUAAUUACAAUACUGGGCAAUAGCAAUCUAUGGGUUCAUUGAUGGUUUAAAAAAAUCAUAGUAGUGAAUAAUCAUACAAAAUUAAAGAAUACACCAUUAACCUUUGCAUUUCUGUUGAAAUUUCCCAAGAUAAAAUACUCAUGAACAAUAACAUCAGUUAAAUCACUAGCUAAAAUGUAUUUUACAAAACCCAGCAUUAACUAUUUGAAAAUGUUCUUAAAUAGGCACAUGUUCUCAUUCUAGUUUUAAAUAUAACUUAAUGUCAGGAAUGUAAAUAUCAUGGUUGAGCAAACCAGUUAGUAAAAUCAUAGUGACUUUUCUCUGUAAGAUCCAUUCAAGUCAAAAUCUCACUAUCUCUUCUGUCAUUUGAAGAUAAAGUUUUAACAACUGAUCAUCCAAACAUGGAUGAAUAUAUAGCUUUACCACUCCUUGACAGACAUGGCAGGGAGAAAUAAAUAUACCUGAAAUAAAAAUAUGUGUAAAAGCAAAAUAUUGUUUGGAAGAGGUUUCCUUAACCGUCCCCCUCAAAUAAUUACCAUAUUAGAAGGAGAUUGAUAAUUUUAAAUGUAUGACCUGAGUGGCACUGAUUGGUAUUGUAUCACCUGCUAUCUGCAGAACCUACAUAACAUCAGUUAUGGAGUUGACCAAACAUAUUUGAAAGAAUCAUGUUCUUUCUAAAUAAAGAGGAAUGUGUAGUUUGUGCAUGCCACGUCAGGAGUAGCUUGAUCUUUCUUCAGUUUACUUCUUGGGUAAGACUGGGCGCAGUAUAGUUGAGUUCCACAACAUGUUUUAACAGAUCAGUUUUGCUGUUAUAUCCCAUUUUCAAAUUGAUGUCUGGGAAAGGAUGGUAGGGAGAAAUGUAAUCAUUGCUCAACAGCAGCUAUCAAAGUGAUAAAUAGUCUUAAAGCAAUGACUGAAAGUCACCCAUUGGCUUAAUAUAUCAAUUCUAAGUGCAGAUGUGUAGAAAGCACAUGGGGGCUGGUGCCGGCAGAGAGAGGGCUGUGUGCAAUACAGCCUAAUGCCUGUGCUGCUUGUAUGUCCACACCGUGUGGCGUGACAGGAUUAAUUGAACUGCAGUUCAGUCUGCUGUGGCCAUACCAUGAGGCGGACAUCAUGAGACCCCCUCAAUACAACUGCUGGCAAUAGCUCCAUAGUAUUAACGCCAAAUUUAAUACUUGGUAUUAUCUUGGAUACCAUAGAAUUAUAUCUCAAAUAAGUUGCACUGUGAUUAAUAUCAAAUAUUCCCUUCCAAACCAGUGUUACAAUAUAAUUACAUAAAAUUUGCCUUCCCUUUCCAUAUUACUAAAUCAAAACACUGCAAAUGCUGGCUAUCGGGAAUGAAGAAAAUUGGAGUAUUCGGCAGGUCAUGUAGCAUCUUUGGCAAUAGAGAAGCAAGCUUGAGACUUUUGUUUCUCUAUUAAAGAUGCUCUGAUCUGAGUAUUUCCCCUUUUCUGCUUUUAUUCUUACCCCAAUAUAUUUAAUAUCCAAACCCCAGCACGGCAUCUUUGCUGAAUAAUAUUUAAACACUCAAGUGAAUUAAUGUCAGAUUCAUAGCUUGAAGCUUGCACAUCUGAAGAGAGGUUCUUUCGCUAAAUUAAAUAAUAUCAAUGACCCUUCCUUAUUAAAAUGUAAAUCAUCUUUAGUUGGGGUAAAUAAUUCUCACUGCCAUAACCUUAAAGAAUAAAAGUAGCUAUUUCCCUUAUACAUUCAUUUCCAGGAUCACUAUGUGAUCGGUUUGCUGGGCUGGUCAUCAAUUAGGUAAUGGCUAACUAAAAGCUAAAGUUUGAGGUUUAUAAGGUCUGUUUGGUUCCUUAGGUAAGCAGUAGACCAAUAAUGUGUUUGGUUCUACAACAAGAAACCUUCAAUUUUUUAAUGUCUGCUUGUAUUUGAAUUUAUGAUACAUUUUUCAUUUUGUUUGGGACUAACCAUUACCCUACAGGCUUGCUGGUCUUUUAAUGACAAUGCAUUUGUAUCCCUUCUUGUUACUUCCCCUGUUGUGUUUUAAAUGUUCAUAAACUUCUCCUACAACAGAAAAAAAAUAUGUAAAAAAUAUUACGUAAUGAAACCAUACGAGUAUUUAAUGUUUGUAACCCAAGCUUUAAAAAAAAACUGUUCCUUUUGAAAGAAAUUAAACCUUUCAAAGUAAAAGCUGUUUUCGAAAGAAUGUUUAGUUAAUCAAAUAUAUUGUUAGGAGAAAAUAUGUAUCCUGCAGCUGAUUCAUUAGCUGGGAUGUUUGAGCACCUGAGAUGCACCUAUGUGGAAUAAACCCAAUCAAGAAUAUUGUAAUGUUUGUUAAAUUCUCAUAGCUAUUUGCAAGUAGGUUCAACAUGUAAACAUACUUAUAAAUAUUUCUGUUGUUCUGAUAAUGGUAAGUAUUUAACUUGAAAAGAUAAUCAAAUUACAAUAAAGAUAAAAAUAUAAUUAGGUUAGUCCUGAACAACAAGAUAACCGAGGAGCUUGAAGAGGGUACAAUAAAACAGAUCGAGGCAGGAGACAAUCCUGUUCAUAUGCAAUAAUAUUUCAAAAUUGCAGAUGAAAUGCCACUUUCUUCUUAACAUAUUCCUUUCCUAUCCAAAUGCCUGUAAUGUCAUUAAAUUGAAAUUCUAUUACAAAUUUCUAUCUUCAAAUUACAAUAUCAAAGAUAGCUGGAGAAAUAAAAAUGUUCUAGCCAACUGAUUUUGUACAUGCAGUUAUAAAACUGUCAUAGGAAUAAUGAGAAGAAAUUCUUAGAGAGCCACUGAAAGGUUUUUAAGUGGUUGAAUAUCUAUUAUUCACGUGUUCUUAUUUAAAGACUUGAAGAUUUCUGUACACUGAAAAUAGUAUGUACCAUAGCAGAACAAUUGUACCAGACGUGUAAAGCAGAAUUCUAUUUUUUAAUAUACUGUUGUAUUAUUAGGGCUUCAGUUAAUUUUGAUUUGAUUAUAGUAUUAAACAGCAGCUCUAGUUUGAAAGAACUGCAUCUAGAAUCGGCAUUUGUGUACUUCUGACAGGAGGACUAUACAUUUUAAUUUUACUAUUUAAAAUGUUGCCCCAGGUCUGCCAAGCCAUUUUUACCCGACAUUUAAUACAUGAAUUUGAUUACUCUUCAGAUAUAACCUUAUGUUCUAUGGCAGUAAAUGUUCUUUCACGGUAAAUUCUUAAAAGAACAUUGAGAGGGAGGAUUAUCUUUUAAUGCUAUCUUUUCCAAGACAAGCCCAAUUGGCUAUCAAUUGUAAUAAUUUUAAUGCUGAAAAUUAAGCUUUUGCCAAAGAUCUGAGAAAUAAAACCACUCUUUUCUCUGCAAAGAAAACUAGUCACGUGCCAUCGAGAGUGCACACAAUAAAUAGAAUUCUGCCUAUAUUCUCUUCAAUACAUUUUGAUUGUUAAAUUGUUUUAUUGUAUUGUGAUUUUAAUAGGUUUGAACUUGUUUUCUUUGUAUGCAGUAUUACAUUUUCAAUUAAAGUUGUAACAAACGCA